AUGGAGGGGUCUGAGAGUAUUCAGAUCAUUCCACCCAUACCAAUGGACGAAAAUGAAAUUGAUGAGAGGACACCGCUGCUACAAGAUCGGAACAAGAAUGGUGCCUCGCAGGAGUUGUCUCCAUCCGUCAAUGGCGACACCGAGCAGGUCAUCAUCGUCGAGGAGAUAGCAGGCUUCAAAUUAUGGCUCAUCCUCUGUACUUGCUGGGUUGGUGUGUUUCUCGGCGCCAUUGAUACGACUAUUAUUGCCACGCUAUCGGCCCCUAUCUCCAGCGAGUUCCACUCACUAGGUCUGUUAUCAUGGCUCGCGGCUGCUUAUCUCAUAUCCAAUGCCGCAUGUCAGCCUCUUUCUGGACGUCUGACGGAUAUCUUCGGAAGAGGACCUGGCCUUGUUUUCAGCAAUAUAUUCUUUGCGGCAGGCAAUCUCAUCUGCGGCCUUGCCCAGGAUGCGAAUGUCAUGAUCCUCGGCCGAGUCAUCGCUGGAAUCGGAGGUGGCGGUCUUAUGUCGAUAAGUACAUUCCUAUGUACUGACUUGGUCCCGCUACGGAAUCGCGGGGUUAUUCAAGGUGUCGGCAAUAUCUUAUUCGGAAGCGGAGCAAUGCUGGGUGGUGUCUUCGGAGGUCUGCUCAACGAUCAUUCGGCUGGAGGGUGGCGUUUAGCGUUCUUGUGCCAGGUCCCUCCCGUUUUGGUUUCGGCCUGUCUAGUUGCCUAUCUUGUUCGAGUACCUCCCAAGAUAUCUGAGAAGUCGUACCUAGCUCGCAUCGACUUCACCGGUGCCUUCUCUCUCCUCGUGUUCCUCAUCUUGUUGCUACUUGGUUUGAAUGCUGGGGGUAAUCUGGUUCCAUGGCUACAUCCCCUACCUCUCACGACGUUGCCGCUGUCUGUCGUGGCGUUGAUCGUUUUCAUUAUCUGGGAAACACGCGCCAAGCAGCCUGUUAUUCCUGUUCGGCUGCUCCUACAUCGAACUGUAAUCAGGAGUAGUGGUCUUGUUCGCACCUAUUGGAAUAUGCAUUUGCUCAGUUGGAAGUGGGCUAAUUAUGAAGAAAACUGGACGUUAUGUAAGUGCCUAUUUGAUGUUUUCCAGCUCGAAUGCCAUUAUAUACCCCCCUUUUCAAAGACUUCUAUCAAAGCGCUUCAGGGCAUUGAUCUAUUCUACCCUUCAACGGAGGUGUUGGCUCUGGGUAUCUUUGCGGUGGCACUCCUGCCUGCUGCCGCUAUCAUCCUUACGACACUUGACGAGAAUUCCCCGCAGUGGCCCCUGAUGAUCGCGUUCUUCCUCCUGGGUUCCGGCCACGGUGCCAUGCUUACCAUUACGCUUCUCGCCUGUCUAGCAGCAGUUGACCAUUCUGACCAAGCCACGAUCACAUCUGCCACCUACGCAUUUCGAUCCGUUGGUGCCACAGUGGGCGUUACCGUCGCCUCCACCAUCUAUCAGAACGUGCUCAAGCUCCAGUUAUGGGAUCGUUUCGGGGAUUUCCCGGGAGCGGCGGAGGAGAUCAGCCGAAUCAGGGAUGAUCUGGAUGAACUUAAGCAUCUCCCCGAUGGCUGGUACGAUGGCGUCAUCGCAUCGUUUAUGGAAGCCUUCAGGAGUGUAUGGUUUACCGCGCUCGGUCUAACCCUCUUUGCGCUUGUCAGCGUCUCCUUCAUGAAGCAGCAUAAGCUGCACUCGACCUUAUCUCGUAAUGAGGCGGAGUAG